AUCCAUGUGAGGAAUUUGUAAACAUUACAUUUUAAAUGUUUUUGAUAUAGUAGUCAGAUGUUGCAACAAUUUUAUUAAAAUUUUAAUCCAUGGGAAUACCAAUUUGUUCAGCUAAUCAUGCAAGAAGCCACCAUACGAUGUAGAGGAUCUGAAGUUUUAGAGUGGCAGUAUAUGUCUUAGGCAGAACGGACAAUUAUAAUAGUUUUAUUAAGAGAACAUGACGAAACUAAGAAAGGUUGUGACUUGUGUAGGAGUUUCCUCUCUGUUAAUAGUUGUCUUCAUGUGUUAUCAAAGUAGCUAUUACCUAUUCAUAGAAAACACUGCAACACUUCAUAAGAAGAAGCUAAUUACUCCGAUCCAUAUUUUCAAGCGAGAAUUCCAAGAUGUUAAUAUUACGAAUUCAGCCGCGUCAUUAGCGUGCACAGCAUGCGUUUCAUACAUAAACAACACCAAAAACAAAACGUACGAAUACUUUUCCGGUAAAUAUUCUUUAGAUAAACCACCUAUGACGUCAUGGAUCAAACCAGAAAACACACAGUCGUUCUGUGACAAUCGUGUAAUCAUCUACAGUGAUUUGUUUGGAAUUAUACAUAACGUAACGUUGUUUCCAACUAGAAGAAACAAGAUAAGCAGUCAGGCAAAAGGCGGAGAAGAGAUCAAGGAGGUCUUAAAUCAAGGUGAAGAUAAAGAAAACUACCAAUUUAACAGUGACUUUCUAGAAAUGGAAUGUAAAAAUGAUGUUGAUGUUGGAUCUCAUUCACUAAAGACGAUGUGGCUAAAAUCUUUAAAGUUAGUUCCCGCGAAACAAAGCGAGUCAAAGAACUUGUCUUUAAAAUAUAUUGAGAAAUAUGUUAUCGCUGUCCGCAGACAAGACUAUGCGAAUUUACAUAAUUGGGUCAGGAACAUUUAUAAUACAUUUUUGAUGAUGAUGCAUUUUAGAAUUCAGCCAAAGGAUGUUUCUGUUCUCUUUAUGGAUGGUCAUCCUUGGACAGAGCUCGAUAAGGCGUGGGAGGUUUUGUAUAAUAAACCUGUUCGAGUAGGGCGAAUGCAACAGUCCGUUAAUUAUCAGAAUUUCAUAUUAGGUUUUCAAGAAAAUCAUGGUCCUAUUACUGAGUUUCAUAACCAACAGGUGUCAUAUAUAGAAGAAUUUAGAUCGUUUGUUUUUUCACAGUUCAAUUUAGACCCAUCUGAUAAACUUGACUGUUCUAAACCUAGAAUAACGCUCAUUAUACGCCGUAACGCAGUGUAUCAUCCACGUAAUGUAGUUGGAAAUGUGGGGAGAAAGAUCUUUAAUGAAGCAGAACUUAUCAAUGACCUAAUGAAAGCCUUUCCAAACGCAUGCGUAAAGCCGUCUCUAAUGGAGGCGUUACCAAUGAGGUCACAACUUGACGUAAUUAAACGCACAGAUAUUCUUAUUGGUAUGCAUGGGGCUGGAAUGAGUCACGUUACAUUUUUGCCUAAACAUGCUGGAGUACUAGAAUUGUUUGCUAAAGGUUUUAAAAAUGGUCGACCAUGGUUUGAGUGUUUCAACUCAAUUGCUAAAUGGAGAAAUUUGCAAUACGACAGUUGGGAGAAUUUUGACAGUGCCUUAGAGAUGCCAGCUGACUUUACAAUUUUGCCGACAGAUGUCAUAGUGGAUAAAACGAGGGGAUUAAUGAACAAGCUUUGUAAAAAACAAUAGACGAAGUACAAUAAAAAUAACUUUGUUGCGUUUGUACACGAGUCUAUUACACCAAGGGGCAUUACUGACUAGAGUUGCCAUACAUGGUAUUAGAAAGACAGAAUAUAAAUUUGAUAACACGAACAGAUGUAAGGUUAAGUUAACUAAACUGUUUUACAGAAACUUAAUAAAAUGUCAUAUGUUUAAUAAUCAAAGUAUCUGCCGUGUGCGAACUUUCAUAGGCAGUAUUGUACAAAAAUCAAUUUAAUUUUACUAAAUCAUGAUCACUAGAAAUGUG